UUAUUUAGCACAUUCUAUCUCAAUCUCCUCACACACAUAACAAAAGGCAGGAGAAAAAUUGUAAAUUAUUACGGAUUUCUCGGACAUUUUUCUGUCAUUUCCGGAGCAAUUUGCGCUGCAGAAAAGCAAGUGAGGCCCAUUGGAUCAGUUGAAAGGAUUCCCCAGGACAUCGCCAUGGUGACCCCGCAAUCGCCGACGCCCAUGUUCAAUGGAUUGGACGAUGAUCUCUACAGCGACGCCAAGUACGCCCACGAGAUCAACGACAAGAUGCGGGUUCCCAAAAGAAUUAAGGCCACCGGGGAGUACUCCAAUGAGGAUCUGCUGCUGUCCAACCAGAACGGCAUGAUCAGCUCCUGGAACUAUCACGACAAGAUCGACAUGAACGUACCGGAUCGAAUUGUGGUCCUGGGCCACAAUCAGCACCUGGAGACGCGCUCUGCCCCGCGGGAAAUCCAGCUGGAGAACUCCAUUCUGCCCAAGAACCCAUCGGUCGGAUUGGUGCGCGUCCAGACGCCGCCGCGCAUCAUCACCCUCACCGAUCAACACUUUCCCUCGGCCUCCGAGGAGAGCUCGCCCAUCCGGGCCAAUGGCCAUCAUCUGUAUGGCAAUGAUCUCGACGAGGACGCCGACGAUGAGGAGGUCCAUGCCACCCAAUAUGUACGUGCCAAUGGAGUCGCCCGCAUGGGCUUUCAAGCCAAUGACACCAAUUCCGUUGAAUCGGACUCCCAGUUGACCACGGGCAGUGCCAGCAAGCGCUCGCAGCUGAAUCAACAGCAGCACAACAACCUGGAUGCCUCGAUGCUGGCGCACCGAGAGGGCACGCCCAUGGGCGAGCUGACGCCCCACGAGGAGAUCCUGUAUCUGAGACGCCAGCUGGCCAAGCUGAAUCGCCGGGUGCUGAACAUCGAGAUCAACAACGAGCAGCGCACGCAGCGGGAGAAGAUCGUCUACUGUCUGGGCCUGGCCUACUUCGUUCUCAAGACAAUAUUCUGGCUGAAUCGCAACUAGACGCAAUGUAGAGCCCACUAUGAUGGUUGGCGAUCUGUGCUGGGUGCCAGGACAACCACCCUGCUAUGGACACCCUUUUGGAACAGCUUCUUUCGUUUCUUGACUUUUGUGUUUCUUUUGUGGAAAGGCUCUGAGAGAGACUUUGUUUUUUGUUUGCCAUAACUUUGUAGACUAAGCUCCGUAAUAAAUAAGCGCAACAUCGUUCUGUUUUGUACACCGUGGAAAACCAAAAAACAAAGGCCCCCCAUACUUAAUUUGUAAGAUCUGGCACUUAAGGAGCGUGUAUCUAAAUCUAAGCUUUAAUCUCUACGUGUUUCAACUGAGCAGCCCCCAACACGAAACCGAAUCAUCACAGCAUUGCAUUGAAAAGAUAUUGUUUAAAGGGUUGUUUCUAUUUUAGAUCUGUUAACAUUUGAUAAUCCCAAAGUGAAAACAAGAACUUUAAUGGUAUUUGUAUGCGAAAUCCCAUACGAUAAAUAGUUAAAUAUAUACAUAAAUAUAAUACUAAACUAAAUCCCACAGAAAUCAUUGCAUUGAUUUUUGCAUAACUAGCGGAAACGAAGGAAAUCCAUUUAGAGUGUAGCAUGAAUCAUCAUCCAUUGAAUUCAUAACGAUAUUUAAAAUAAAACGUUUAAAGUACCAAAACAAACCUUGCUUCGUCAACUUUCUUCGAGGAAAUAAGUAGAUUUCGGUUUUCAACGCAUUUAAAAAAUGUAUUUAUUUUAAUUUGUUGGUUUUCUCUUUAAAUAAUACGUAUAGUAAUCAAUUAAAACUACCGAUUAAAUGCAAUUACAUCUGCUUGUCUCAUCUAACUUCCGACUUCCUCUUCUGCUAUACAUCUUUAGCUAACAAGACGUUAAACAUUAAAUUUAAUGCAAAAUGACGAAAAGACCUGAGCGAAAUUUCGUUCGAUUCAUUUGCGGUGUGUGUAUUGUUUUUCGUGUAUUUCGUCUGUGAAGUGGAUUGUUUCUUUCCCUUUGCUGCCCGAUCUUUCAAUCGCUAUCAUCCAACUACUGAGAGAACAAGAUGCAAUUGUUUGUAUCUUUUUAUUUAUAAUGGAAUUAUCGUUAACUUUACACAAUUUAUAUGCAAAGGGGACUACUUUCCUCUUCAAUUCCAGGCGAAACGCCGCAGGAUCGAAAAAAAAA